AGCAACCCCGCUCCCGGCAGCCCCCGCGCCUGCGUGUCCCUGCCCUUCAUAGCGGCCAAGAUGGCGACGGCCACUCGCAUCAUCCAGCGAUUCCGCAACUUCUUAGCAGGGAGAAACCUCCAGGCCAAGCUGGCGCUGCGCUACGACGAGAUCUCCAAGAGAACUCAGCCGCCACCUCGGCUCCCGGUGGGCCCCAGCCAUAAGUUCGCUAACAACUAUUACUGCAGCCGGGAUGGCCGACGAGAGGCGCUCCCGCCCAUAGUGGUCGCGGGUGGGCAGAAGACCAUCGCUGCAGGGGCUCAAGCUGGCAGCUCAGGCUCUGCAGUGACAACAGCUGAGAAAAAGCCAGUGACGCCAGGACCAGUACUUAAGAAAUGGGAAAUUUCAAAAGACCAGCCCUACUUGUGAGAAAUAAACAUGAUGAGCCGGGAUGUGUAGGUCAAAGUUCAUUACACAGCAUAACUCCAAUCAGGAGGCCUGUUGCAGAUUUUGCUGUGUGGAACUUGUCCUAGUGCUGCUGAUGCAUAACUAAUAAAUAUAUUUAAAGCUUUGACUAUUCCCCACACUA